CUCCAUUCCUCACACCUUGCAUUUGCGUGCAGGAGGUGAGUGCGCCUGUGCGGGGGUUGAGCUAGUUGAGCAGGGAGAGCUAGCCGUGGUGGCACCGAUGGAAAGGAUGGAAAUGGAGAACCACUCCGGCGUCUGACCUGAGACGGUACUAGGAAACGUUCGGUAGGUUAGGCUACUGCUCCAGUCGGUUGGAUUGCUGGAGAGAGGCGAGGCGCACGGUGAAAGCAGGGGCGACACAGACAAAUAAGAUGGACGGGAGAAGCGAGUUCCUUUGCGGGGUUGUGGAAGGGUUCUAUGGGAGGCCCUGGUCUAUGGAGCAGAGGAAGGUCCUUUUCCAGUGGAUGCAGAGGUGGGAGUUGAACACCUAUCUGUACGGUCCUAAAGAUGAUCUGAAACACAGACUACUCUGGAGAGAGGUCUAUUCCCCUGAAGAGGAGGGUCAGUUGCGUACUUUGAUAGUAGAGUCAGAGAAGAGAGGUCUGAGGUUUGUGUACUCUCUCUCUCCUGGUCAAGACAUUGUCUUCUCUUCUUCCUGCGACCUCUCCCUGCUUAAACGCAAGCUACGACAGGUGUCAAAGUUGGGUUGCCAGGCAUUUGCGAUCCUUUUUGAUGACAUAGAUCACUCCCUGUGUCAGGCUGACAGUCAAGCCUUCUCCUCAUUCGCUCACGCCCAGGUUUCAGUUGCCAAUGAGAUCUACCGAUUCCUGGGAGAGCCGCCCGUCUUCCUGUUCUGUCCAACAGAGUACUGUGGAUCUCUAUGUUCUCCCAGUGUAUCUAAGUCUCCAUAUUUGAUGACUGUUGGAGAGGACCUGCUGCCUAACAUCUCUAUCAUAUGGACCGGUAGUAAGGUAAUCUCUAGAGAGCUGAGUGUAGAGGGUCUGUCUGAAGUACAGUCUGUCCUACAGCGCCCUCCUCUGGUGUGGGACAACCUGCACGCAAAUGACUACGACUCCAGACGUCUCUUCCUGGGUCCCUUCAAGGGUCGCUACCCCCAGCUUGCCACCAAACUCCGGGGCUUGCUGCUUAACCCCAACUGUGAGUUCGAAGCCAACUACAUACCCCUGCACACGCUGGGGACUUGGUACCGCACUGGGAGGGAGAAGAAGAAGGAUGAGGAGUACCAGUACUGUCCAGAGAUGGCGCUGUCUACUGCACUGCACGACUGGAUGGAAGAGCUCAGCCAACCACUGCAGCCAGGUCGCCAGAGCAGACAGGCAGACCAGAGGUCAUUGGGUCAAAGGUCAGGGACCCUAGAGAGUGAAAACUGUCACCCCACCACCAGAGAAGGUCGCCCCAAACCCCCUAGAGAACCUCCGCAGGGGGACAGCCCUCCCCCCUCCAGCCCUGAGGGAGAGGAAGGGGUGAGGAGGGGGGAGAAAGAAGGGAGGAGUGAGGGAGGAGACGGAGAGGAGAGAGGGAAGAAACUCCACAACAACCAGUUCCGACAAGGGCCAGGCCAGCCAAGGGGUUCAGGGGGGGUGCUGUGUGUUGGGAAGGCUCCUCUAAGCGAGUCCCAAAUCCGGCUGCUGGUAGGUCUCCACUACCUUCCCCAUGAGCACGGCCCGUCAGCCCAGAGACUGUUACAGGACCUCACCUGGCUCAAAGAACACUGCCACCUGGUCAGCGCUAACGACAAGAAGGGACCGCCGCAAAAGGCGGAGGAGUGGCGUGGCCGAGCGGCCGGUUUCCUAGGUGUGUGUGAGGAGAUUGCAGCGCUGCACAGUAGUGUAGUGAGAGGAGUGAGCAAGGCCGUGCUGUAUGACCUUUACCCUUACGUAUGGGACCUCAGAAACACUGCACUGGUGGCCAAGGCCUUCAUCUGCUGGCUCGAUGGGCGUGUGUUGAGUGACAGCUCUCCAUUGGGUUCCUGGAGGAACUGCUUCCACUGGUGCGGGACGACCACGGGGGCAGAGUUACUGGGGGUGGAGUCAGAACCCUGGGUGUUCAAAGGGGGAGUGUCCGGAGAGUUGCAGAUGCUUCUCCCUAUAGGCAGUAACAGUGAACUGUUCAGCCACCCUCCUCCUCUCUUCCCCACCUCACGACUCUACAACAUACGACCCUACCACAACAAGGACAAGGUGGAGCUGUAUCGUAUGGUGCGCCAGCUUCAACAGAGAGCCCAGGGGAGCCCUGAUUUCAGCCCAGCACAUCCUGACCUCAUCGGAGACAGGUGUCUGGGGCCCUGCCUGGCUUUGUGUCCUGAGUACAGCAUGGUGCUGGAGGAUGAGCUCGGUGUGUGUGGGAGUGUGUUGGGCGUUGUAGAUGUUCGUUCCUUCGCCAAGCGCUGCCAGGCCUGCUGGAUGCCCGCCAUGAGGGAUAAAUACCCACCUCGCACCGGACAUGCCAACUCACAGGUGUUGCAGCAGAUAGAGGAGGACCAAGGGGAAUACCCAGACUCUCUUCUCUACCACUUUCCCUCCCAGCUCCGUCUGGACGCUUUGCCUGACCUGGUGGACGUCAGUGUGACCCGCUGCCUGCUAACCGCACUCCUCACUGCACUUAAAGCCAAUGGUUCUCAUGGUGUGUUCUGUGAGGUGCAGCCUACAGAUCGCAUGAGGCUGGACUUCCUGACUAAACUAGGCUUCCUGGAAAUCAUCAGAGGAGAGGCACGACACAGAGAGGGAGUGGUACUGGGCAGGCUGCUCUGAACACACACACAUGCUCACACACACAGAAAUGUACACACGUGGUGUAAUGGUACACCAAACCCACGGUUCGGUACGUGUUGCAGUUUUGGGGUCACAGUUCGGUUACGGUACAGCGGGAAAAUGAAAUGCCAACAGUUAGCCUACUCUAGUUACUUUUUGUUUAUUUAUGAAAAUACAAGGUGUUGGUAUUCCUGAUUGUGAAAACACACGAUUACUCAUCAAAACUACAUUAAAAUAAAGUGCAAUAUGCGUGUGAAGUGUGUGUGUAAAAAUGGCUCAAACAUUGUAUGCUAUAAUGUUUUUCUUACAAAGAGAAAAAGAUGUGCACUUGUGUGACUCUCAUAAAGGGAGCAUGUCUGUAGCACAGUACUUCUCAUCUCCCACUCCGAAGGUAAUGUGAUGAGCUGUCACUGUUAAGUGGCUCUGUAGACCUGGAGGUCCAUUCAUCUGUAGUAAGCAUAACAGAGGGUGAAUUGGCGAAUGAAUUGGUCGACCUCACCACCCGCCAUUGUACAGAACUAGUUCCCGGCUGCGCCUCACAAAAUGAGAGUUUUUAAAUGCACCAAUUAAGAUCACAAUUUUAAUUACAACGUGGGCAUAGGCUGUAGUUGUUUUAAGGGAAUAGCCUGAAAUGUUUUUUUCAGUACAGAAUUACUCGAGGCAUACAUCGCAGCGUAGGCAUAGCAUAUUUAAAAAGAUAAUUAUUAUUCAUUAAAGUUCACAGUACGACCUGAGGUCCCUGUACUGCCACCGUUACACACCCAUACAUGCAUGCGCUCACACAUUCGUUUGCAUGCACGCACACACACACAAAGCACAUGCUCAAAAACACACAUAUACUCAUAUGCGCACUAAUAAACACUGUGUAGUACAAAAGGAACAAUAGAACAAAACUACUGUAAGCUUAAUCACACACAGGUGAUACAGGGUAAUGGAUGACACAGUGCUGUCUAUACACACACGAAAACACAUGAAAAGACAGAGAGGGCAAACACACACGCGAACACAUAUGAACACACACAAGGCUGAGGGUUAUAUGGAUGAUGAAGACAGACACAAAACCAAUAUGUGCAUCAGAUGGCACACAGACAAAAACACACAUACACACUGAUAAAUCCUACUCAGCGUAGGACAUAUAGCAUCAUUCACCACGUCCUUUUCUUUCUAUCUUCUAGAAGCACAAGAACAACAACGCAUCCGUUAAACGUUUUAUACCUGAGACAUGUCUUCACUAGAAACCAAGAAUGUCCUUUUCUAUUGAGGAGACUUGGGCUGGGAUUCAAUCCGAUCCUGCUUGUAGACAAUGCAGCUUUUAAAGGGAAUAUCCCCACGUUUGCGGAGAUCGCAUUCAAGGGAUUGGCACAGACCCUGGAACUGACCAUCUAUGUAGAUUUAUUACCUUUUUGUGUGUUUUUGUUCUACUUGACUUUUUUUUAUAGUACUACUGAUAUUGAUUACUGUACUUGUGCACGUGACAAAAACUUGACGAAAAAGCUGCAACAUGGAAAUUACUUUUAAAUGACAACCACGCUGCAACAAGGUUUCGGAUUGAAUCCGACCUUGGUUGAGAAGACUAUCAUCAGUCUAUGUCUUUGACCUUUAUUCAAUUUAAUGAGAAUAAUAUACUUUAUUUAUAGAGUUAGGUCACAGAUGGAAGGAAUCUUUGGCUAGGUGAGUACUUGAGAACACUACAAACAUGGGACAGUCAGGUUUUUUCUCUCGAUCACUUCCUAACCGUCUCCUAUCUGUGUGACUACUUUUCUAGAACAGCAGUGCUUACUAUUCAUUGUCCUUGUAUCACUGUCUCUGUCCCAAAUGACACCCUAUUCCAUAUUUAGUGCACUAUGGUCAAAAGUACUGUACUAUAUAGGGAAUAGGGGGCCAUUGGGAAGGACCCUUUGUCUUUGUCUCACUAUGCUUGCUUCAGUGAGCAAUGGUUGUUUUGUAAUGAGGUCUGUUGUUAGAUGUGUAUAGCCAGUGUUCAUUCCUUUUAAAGGCAAUAUUCCCAGAGAUCACAUUCACGGUAAAAGCUGCAGAGGUUGGUUCAAUGGGAAAUUACCUUUAAAUGUCAAGCGUGCUACAACGCAGUUUUGGACUGAAUCCCGGCCUAACUGUUCAUUCAGGGUGUGUGAGGGUUAAACUAUCAUGUUACUGUGUAGAAAGAAGUCUAUAUGUUUACAAAUUACUGCAGUAAUACCAAUGUUUUAAAAUGUAACAUUUUAUAAAAAUACUUUUUGUGUUGACACGAUUAAAAUAUUUUUUCCUCCUUUC